AUGGCUCUAUACUCCAAAGCAUUGACAGUCCAAGAUAAAGACACUGGUGACAAGCCCGCAGUUAUAAACCUCAUAUCGUCUGAUUCUUUAUCUCUCAGCAAAUUCACGGCAGUUAACUACAUACUGCCAUUUUCAUUUAUCAAGUUAUUAUUUGCUCUGGCGUUUCUCUUGAAGCUGCUCGGGUGGAAGAGCACCCUGGUCGCGGUGAUAGCGACCGUGGGAACUGUGCCUAUCCACAAAUGGGUCGUCAAAAACGAACGAGCCGCGAAGAAAAGAGUUACGGUCGCAAGAGACAAAAAGACGAAAGUCGUUUCCGAGGCUUUACAUGCCCUUCGGCAUAUCAAAUUCUCGGCUCUGGAGUCGCAGUGGGAAGAGCGCAUUGAUCUGUGUCGCCGGGAGGAGCUUGAAAGAUUGCGCGAAAACUUCAUUGCCGCCAAUAUUCGCUCUGUAUGGAAAGUUGCAUCUCCUUUCCUAGUGGCUGCUGUAGCGGUUUGCAGUUAUGCGUAUACAGAAAACAACGUCUCUUCAUCCAUCAUAUUCACAAUAAUCGAGUUGUUGCCGCACCUUCAAGGUACCUUGGGAACACUUCCGGUGGCAUUCCAGGAUUAUUUCGGUUCUCGAGUCAAUGCAAAGCGUAUAGAAGAGUUCUUAAAGGAGCCAGAUCUGAAGAAAAUCCUUGAUCCUAGCCCGGAUGGUAAUGUUACUUUCCAGGAUGCAUGCAUUGCAUGGCCUUCAGAGGAACAGAAUGACCAGAAGUCAGUCAUUUUACCAAACCGCUUUAUCCUUAGCGAUGUUAACAUUAAGUUUCCGACUGGUGAACUCAGCAUAAUCCAUGGAGAAACAGGGUCAGGAAAGAGUUUGUUGCUUUCGGCUAUUAUUGGAGAGGUGGAUCUUCUUCGUGGUCAGGUCGAGUCACCAGCAUCAAAACAGCCGGUCGCCUUUGUCUCUCAGACACCAUGGCUGCAAAACGCCACCGUGAAAGAAAAUAUUUUGUUUGGAAGCUCCUUCGAGGAAGUCAGAUACCUGAAAGUCCUUCGAGCUUGCGCACUUGAGACUGAUCUUGCUGCUCUCAAGCUUGGCGAUCAAACAUAUAUUGGUCUUCGAGGCGUGAAGCUUAGUGGAGGCCAAAGGGCUAGAGUAGCCCUUGCCAGGGCUCUAUAUUCUCAGGCCAGGCUAAUUGUCUUGGAUGACAUAUUCGCUGCUCUUGAUUCUCAUGUCUCGCGUCAAAUAAUGGGAGCGCUCACCGGCGAGCUCUGUCAAGGCCGCACCAGAAUACUUGCAACCCACCAAGUCUCUCUUUGUUCACCAACCGCCAAAUAUAUUGUUGAAAUUCACAACAAAACUACACGCGCCCGCACUAUUGAUUCCAACGAGCUGAAGCCGUAUCAACCAGAGCCAGUUGAUACUGGACUGGAUGAAUCCAAAAAAAACACACCAAAGCCCAUCCGCAGCACCCCCAGAGGCAAAGUUCCCAAGGCAGGGACUGACCUGGAUGCCUUCAAGAGAUUCUUUGCAGAUGCAGGAGGCUUGGGAUUUGUGAGUAUAUUUGUUAUAGGCCUGGUUGUGAAGCAGAUCGUGGUAGCAUCGACAACGAGGGCCCUCGGCCGCAUAAAUUCAGCGCGUAUCGGGAUAAAACCUGACGACUUGUAUAAUUCUAAGGGAAGUAGUACGCAUAACUACCUCUAUAUUUACCUUCUUGGGUCUCUAUCCGCUGUCGUGAUGGAGUUUCUCUUCAACUUCCACAUGUAUUCUGGAUCUCUACGUGCCUCCAAAGCUUUGUUCCGGAGGAUGACUGCAAAGGUUAUUCGUAUGCCCCUUCUGUGGCUUGAUAGCACUCCCAUUGGAGAUAUGCUCAAAAGGUUCAACGCCGACAUGAGAUUGGUUGAUGAUUUCUUGUUAGAAGCCGUGUCUGGAACAAGUGAUAGUUUUGUCAAACUCAUGAUUGUCAUGUGUAUCGGCAUGUACAAUUCCAUCUACACAAGCUGCUUGACCAUGGGUCUCCUAUACUGGUGUUUUCAAGUCGCAAAGAGCUACAACCAAGCUCGAAGGACUAUUAAAAUUGGCGAGUCGGACAGCAACGCCGAUAUUCUUGAAUACUUCACUACUUCAAUGUCGGGGGUCUCGACAAUCAGAGCAUUCGGCGCAACAGACCAGUUCAUGGAUCAAAUGCAUCGCCGAGUUGACAACCUAUCAACUGUUCGGCGGCAUUUCUGGAUUUUCAAUCGCUGGCUUGGUCUCCAAAUGUCAUUCGCUGGCAUUCUUUUCACCACAGGCACCGGGAUUAUUCUACUGUCAACGACAUCGAUGUUGGAUGCGUCCCUCAUGGGAGUCGCGCUGACUUUUUCGAUGGGAUUCUCCAAGGCCAGCUUCGACGCCGCCAACAGCUUUGGAAUGCUAGAAAGGUACACGGGUUACGCGAGCAACAUUGUUGCGUAUACUGAGUUGGCGACCGAGCGCCAAGGCGGCAUUGAAGUCACGCCAGACUGGCCACCUCGUGGAAAAAUCGAAGUGAAGGAGUUGAACGUCAGAUACUCGCCUGAUCUUCCCCUGGUUCUCAAGAACGUCUCAUUUUCUGUGAACCCUGGCCAACGCAUCGGCAUUGUCGGGCGUACCGGAGCUGGCAAGUCUUCUUUAACUCUGGCUCUUCUUCGUUUCAUGGACGCUCAGUCCGGUUCAAUUUACAUUGAUGGAAUCGACAUUUCAACUAUCAAAUUACAGUCUUUGCGAUCAAAGGUUGGCUUCAUUCCACAAGAUCCUGUUCUUUUCUCGGGGACCAUCCAGUCGAAUCUUGAUUACUUCAACGAAUUUCCAAGAAACAAACUGAACGGAGCGCUACAGCGUGUCAAACUCCUCACUGAGAAGGGGGAAGAAGAAUCAGGGUCCUUCUCUCUCGAGUCAAAAGUUACCGCGGGUGGGACGAAUAUGUCCCAAGGUCAGCGACAACUUCUCUGCCUUGCAAGGAUCCUGGUUCGGGAUCAAAAGAUCGUCAUUCUUGACGAGGCGACCUCUUCAGUCGAUGACCAAACGGAUUUCUUGAUCCAGGAUACAAUUCGAAAUGAGCUAAACCGAACCUUGAUCGUUGUUGCUCAUCGCCUACGCACAAUCGCGUCAUUUGAUAAAGUGAUUGUGAUUCAUGAGGGACAGAUUGGGGAAGCGGGAACGCCGGCGGAGCUUUUGAGAGCCAAGGAACUGUUUUACAAUUUAGUUCGAGAGAGCGAAGAUAGGGAGUUUGUGAUCAAUACUGCGUUACAAUAG